ACGGUGAAGGCGGAAGUGGUAGAGUCAGCUGACUAGGAGCUCGUGCCCCACUGCAUAAUUGUCGGACAGACGGAAAUAUAGGUAUUUAUCCACACAAGUUUGUCAGGCAAACUGUCGAUCUUCCGCACUCAUCAUGGCGGGACGAGGUAAACUAAUUGCUGUGAUCGGUGACGAAGACACGUGCACAGGAUUCCUUCUAGGCGGCGUCGGCGAGUUGAAUAAAAACCGCAAGCCGAAUUUUUUGGUGGUGGAAAAAGACACGAGCAUCACCGAGAUCGAGGAGACGUUCAAGAGUUUUCUGGCCCGCGACGACAUCGGCAUCAUUCUGAUCAACCAGUUUAUUGCGGAAAUGAUCCGACAUGCCAUAGAUGCCCACAUGCAGUCCAUUCCUGCCGUGCUGGAGAUUCCCUCAAAGGAGCACCCCUACGACGCCUCCAAGGAUUCAAUCCUGCGCAGGGCCAAAGGCAUGUUCUCAGCCGAGGACUUCCGAUAGGCCCUUAGAAGCUCGUGGUGCUUCGUGUGGGGGGGGGGAGAGAAAGUCCCAUAACGCCUCCCUUGUCGUGGCGUUUGUGUUUCGUUUCACAGUUGUAAGGUUGAAGAGAUGCUCUGCUGUACAUCGGCUCGUUGGCGUUACUUCUCAGUAGUAAAAACAAUCCGUCUUUUCUCAGUUUUCACACGCUCUAGCGAUUUAAAGAUGUAUCGGAUGUUUCUGUGAUGCCAGGUAGUUCUGUGUGCAUUUGUUUCAUCCUUAGUUUUUGCCCUUUGUCACUCAUGGAUACCUGAACAGGCCAAGCAAGGUCAAGGUAGAGAAUAGUCUUAGACCCCCAGCCUAUAAGAAGGCCAUCUUUUAUUGUUGGAUGUUCUCAGCUUUUAUAGCUGUUGAAGUCCACAGGUUAGUUGUUGAGGCUGAAAUCUUGAUGAAUAACUGGAAACUGGAAGUUAAUUUUUUUUUUUUUUGUAGUCCGGUAUCUCAAAAUAGAACUUACUCCAUGUUCAUCUGAGUCACGAAAUCACGAGGUACUGAGAAUACUGCGGCUAUUUCAAAAUGUUCGCAUAGUUUUAAAACAAAUGGGCUGUGACAGAAAGUACCCGAUAGAAACUUUAAAUUCUGUGUUUUUGUUUUUAAUUCCUGAUGUAUAAAUGUUUUAGUGUCCAUCUUUGGAAAAUAUGUUCAACCAAUUUCAUGUGGUAACAGCACCUUUGUUUUGAGUGCAGUGAUAUUAAUUAUUGUUCAGUGCAAAGCAAUGAAAUGUCACCACCCAGAGUAUAAUGUAAAAAAAUCCUGUAAUUCAUAGAAAUGUUUAAAGAAUAUAUUGCUGACAUUUUUUUUUCAGCUGAAUCCAGCUGAAGAAUUUCUUUCAGAGUGUGUGGCUUGUAAUUGUAAAGAACUUUUUCCUGUAAAAAGAUAAAAGCUUAUCACAAAGGUCAA